GGCUAUCCGUUCAUUUUCCUGAAAUGGAAGAAAUCUACUCCCAGAUUGCAGACAACAUUCUUUCAAACGAUCUGGAACUCUCUGCCGACACGGACACGGAUGCCACAACCCUACGCGAAUGGCUGCAGGAGAUUGAGAAGAACAAGAGGCUCCUGCAGCCCAUCAUAAGAAGACAGCUUACGGAUUAGUUGCCGCUCAGUUGAAAGCUAUGGGACUCUGAAAGAUGGAAACAGGGGAGUUGGCUGAUAAAGAUGGACAGUAACGAUCGCGUAAUAUCAAUUUAUCGGCCUCGUCAUCGAAAGCGGCUUCCAAUUGCUCGGAAAUUCUCAGCUAUAUGGGGGGCUUGGAUGGUGAGCAAAAACAAUUGAUCAAGAAGUUGGUCAACUUUCGCAUGAAAGAAGGUAAAAGAACGAGAGUUCGUGCUAUUGUUUAUCAAACUUUUCAUCGCCCAGCUCGAACUGAACGCGAUGUAAUCAAACUUAUGGUUGACGCCGUAGAGAAUAUAAAGCCCAUAUGCGAAGUGGAAAAAGUAGGAGUCGCAGGUACUAUUUAUGAUGUCCCUGGGAUUGUAGCCAGGGAUCGUCAACAAACCUUAGCUAUUCGUUGGAUCCUUGGAGCAGCUUUCAAACGACGUAUAAGCUACAGGAUAAGCUUAGAGAAAUGUUCAUUUGCUGAGAUACUGGAUGCUUACCGAAAGAGGGGAAUUGCACGUAAGAAAAGGGAGAAUCUUCAUGGACUGGCUUCCACCAAUCGAAGUUUCGCGCAUUUCAGAUGGUGGUAAAGUGAGACCACAUAAAGAGCUCUUCCUCAUUCAGUCAGAUUUUUCAGUAAGAUAUGGUUUGACCCUUUUCCUUUUUGAAUCUUCAUAUAGAACUACGUUACCUCAUACUCCCCCCUUCAUUCAUUGAGUUGGAGGAAUCCAUAGGAGGCCCGCCCGUUAUGCAUUGCAUGAUAGAACCUUUCUUUGUAUGACUUCUCUUUUGCCUCAGGUCGAAUGAGGGAGAUAAAUCAAACAAAUCAAUAGGCCAUGAAUGAAGAAGUAGUGGGCCUUUCGCCCUCUUUCGUCUGACUCGGGGAGCUGAUAAAUGCACUUCAAAGGGAGGGAAGGAAGCGAUCUCGUACUAAUUUUUAGGUAGGACGAAGCGCGCUGUAUCCAUCCAUGAAACUAAACAUCUCGUACCCUGCCGUAUGAUCAAUGAAAAUCAUAAUAUUGGGCAGGGUAAAAUCGUCCUUGGGACAGGCCUUGUUGAGAUCCCGGAAAUCGACACAAAGACGAAUCUGCCCAUUCUUUUUCUUUACCGGCACGACCUUUGCUAACCAAUCUGGAUGCUUCUCAGUUCGGAUAAAGUUGGCAGCCAAUAAUUGUUCAACUUAUGCCUCAAGUGAUAGGUUGUGCGGGUCUGAACUUCCUGGCCGCUUGUUUCACAGGAGUCAAGUUCGGUCCCCUAUGGAGUAAGGGGGGUGUGGGUUGUGUCAAUACAUCUGAGAGAAAGAGUACAGAUGAGAUCGCCAACCCAAAAUCCCCCCGAGCUAACGGCGGACGUAAGAGUGCCUAGAAAGUACGGGAAGAGGGAAAGGACCGCCCCCAAAAAAAUCAUCAACUUCCCCCUUUUCGAGAGCUACCCGUUCGAGUCGAAAGAGCAGACUAAAUCGAUAGGAGAGGUCGUCAGGCACACGGGGGACCGGAACCUAAAAGCGUCAAAUAGGGCACAAAAGAGGGCCCUUUACGUCUAAGGGGGACCCGGACCCGUACUUCCUUAAGGAUAGGGGAGAUACGAUCGUGAAGUAGGAAGCCUGAUGAAAACAGGUAAAUGAAACUUUCAGAAUUAGACCGUAAAUCCUGGUUCAGAAGAGGGACAGGAGAAACCAAAGGGAAAGGGGCGAGCCUCGAAAGUGUGCUGGGAAGGCCCCAGGCGCCGUCAGGCCCAGGAAAGCUUCCCCCCUUAUGACUUGAGUGUGCUUACCCCCAGCAACCCCCUAUGCCAAACCAGUUGAGUGCAAGGAGGUACGAGCAGAGGAGCUUCCCGGGUAGCAAGCUAGUUAGGAGAGAAGUCAAACACACUGGCAGGGAGUAACCUUCGGCACCUAGCGUUUCAGAGGGCUAAAGACGGAAGAGAGGAGACGCGCUGAAGGUUAUGGAAUACUAAAAGCACCCGUUGAUCCAGAAUGAGCCGAACAGAUAGCUCCAAGUCAAAGGACAGAAACUGGGGAACGCUUGGCAUACAGGUCGAGGACGAUAGUUGAUUGAUGCUUGUCCACUUCAAUCUGAACCCGGUUAGAGCAAGCACAAAGAGAAGGUGUAACGCGAGGAUCGUAGAUUCGACCGACAUACGCAACUUCUGGAGCAAUGUCGGUUUCUCCAUCUCAACACAGCCACUGUAAUUAGAGGUGACCACGGUACCAUACGGAUACCGACGUGACGGAUGAUCGACGUCGCCCUUCGUUCCUAACCCGGAAGCCCCAAGUGACGAGCUCGAGGAGUCGGCACAUGACCAAAGUACCUUCCCGUGUUCGAGGUCCAGAGGCUCAAGAACCAGCGUAUCGUACCAGGGCAAGGAUAGGAAGGGAAGGGAGAAGGCAAGGCACUAGUGAACACCAAAGUGGGGCAGUCGUCGGGUGUUGAGAGGGGGGCUGAGGACAGGGAGAAGGACAGGGAGCUGCGCCGGGUGAAGAAGUAAGG